ACCACAUGACCCAGUAAAAUGUGAACGCAAGAUGAAGAUUUCUUCUUCCGGGUAGCCGGCAAACCCGACUAGUACGCGUGAACGCGCCGUUCAGUCUCCUGCAAAUCAUUUAAGGAGGCGGAAAGUUCCGGCAGCUCAGCGUCAUGGCGACCCUCCUGCGUGUGGUGGCCUCUCGCUGCUCCGGCCCCCUUCUGAGGGGCGGGGCCCCAGGCCCUCGCGUCGCCACGGCAACACCCCUGCGCUUCUUCAGAACCCACCCCCAGCUCAGCCGCUGUGCCAGCCCAGGUGUUCCGUACAAACAGCUGACGGUGGGCGUGCCCCGGGAGGUGUUCCAGGACGAGCUGCGGGUGGCGCUGUCCCCUGCAGGGGUGCAGGCUCUGAUAAAGCAGGGCUUUAACGUGGUGGUGGAGUCUGGCGCUGGAGACGCCGCCAAGUUCUCAGACGACCUCUACACCCAGGCCGGGGCGGCCAUCCGGGGCGCGGAGGAGGUGCUGGGGUCUGACGUGCUGCUGAAGGUGCGCGCCCCCAUGUUGCACCCCGCUCUGGGGGUGCAUGAGGCAGAGCUGAUGAAGGAGGGGGGCACCCUGCUGAGCUUCAUCUACCCGGCUCAGAACCCCGAGCUCCUGGAGCUGCUGUCCCAGCGCCGCUCCACCGUGAUCGCCAUGGACCAGGUGCCCCGCGUCACCAUCGCCCAGGGAUACGAUGCGCUCAGCUCCAUGGCCAACAUCGCAGGCUACAAGGCCGUGUUGUUGGCAGCAAAUAAUUUUGGCCGCUUCUUCACCGGGCAGAUCACCGCCGCGGGGAAAGUGCCCCCAGCCAAGGUGCUGAUCAUCGGAGGGGGCGUGGCAGGUCUGGCUGCUGCAGGCACAGCUAGGGCCAUGGGAGCCAUUGUGAGGGGAUUCGACACAAGGGCUGCAGCUCUGGAGCAGUUUAAGUCCCUGGGAGCUGAGCCCCUAGAGGUAGCUGUGAAGGAGUCGGGGGAGGGGCAGGGCGGCUACGCCAAGGUGAUGUCCAAGGAGUUCAUCGAGGCCGAGAUGAAGCUGUUCGCCAAGCAGUGCCUGGACGUGGACAUCCUCAUCAGCACCGCCCUCAUUCCCGGCCGCAAGGCGCCCGUUCUCAUCACCAGGGAGAUGGUGGAGACGAUGAAGGACGGGUCUGUGGUGGUGGACCUGGCAGCCGAGGCGGGCGGCAACAUCGAGACCACCGUCCCAGGAGAGCUGACCGUGCACAAGGGGGUGACCCACGUGGGCUACACAGACCUGCCCAGCCGACUGCCCACACAGUCCAGCACGCUGUACUCCAACAACGUCACCAAGCUGCUGCGCGCCAUUAGCCCCGACAAGGAAAACUUCCACUUCCCGGUGAAGGACGCCUUCGACUACGGCACCAUGGACCACGUGGUCCGAGGCUCCAUCGUCAUGCAGGACGGGAGGAACAUCUUCCCGGCACCGCAGCCUAACAACAUCCCCGUGGAAACGCCCCAAAAGCCCAAGAGCGUCCAGGAGCUGGAAGCAGAGAAGACGGCGGCCAUUACGCCUUUCAGAGCCACACUGGCCACGGCCGGCACCUACACCGCGGGUAUCGGGACCCUGCUGAGUUUGGGGAUCAGUGCGCCCAACGCAGCCUUCACGCAGAUGGUGACCACGUUUGGGCUGGCUGGGAUCGUGGGGUACCACACUGUGUGGGGGGUCACCCCUGCCCUGCACUCGCCUCUAAUGUCCGUCACCAACGCCAUCUCAGGUCUGACUGCUGUCGGGGGGCUUUCACUCAUGGGGGGCGGCUACGCCCCCACCUCCACCGCUGACGCCCUGGCCGUGCUGGCGGCAUUCAUCUCCUCCGUCAACAUCGCAGGUGGGUUCAUGGUCACGCAGAAGAUGCUGGAUAUGUUCAAACGGCCCACCGACCCCCCUGAGUACAACUACCUGUACCUGCUCCCGGCCGGCCUGUUCGUGGGGGGGUACGCUGGAGCCCUGCACAGCGGGUACAACAUCGAGCAGAUGAUGUACCUGGGUUCAGGCCUCUGCUGUGUGGGUGCGUUGGCGGGUCUCUCCACCCAGAAGACGGCGCGGUUGGGGAACUCUCUGGGCAUGAUUGGGGUGGCAGGGGGCAUCGCUGCCACCCUGGGGGCCCUGAAGCCCUCACCAGAACUGCUGACCCAGAUGAGCGCGGCCAUGGCUGUGGGAGGCACUGCUGGCCUGGCCAUCGCCAAGCGGAUCCAGAUCACGGACCUGCCACAGCUGGUGGCGGCGUUCCACAGCCUGGUGGGCCUGGCGGCGGUUCUGACCUGCGUGGCCGAGUACAUGGUGGAGUUCCCCCACUUCGCCACCGACCCCGCCGCCAACUUCACCAAGAUCGUGGCCUACCUGGGCACCUACAUCGGAGGGGUCACCUUCAGCGGGUCGCUGGUGGCCUACGGGAAGCUGCAGGGUGUGCUUAGCUCUGCCCCUCUCAUGUUGCCGGGACGCCACGCCCUAAACGCCGGUCUGUUGGCGGCCAGUGUGGGCGGGAUGAUCCCCUACAUGCUGGACCCCAGCUACACCACGGGCAUCACCUGCCUGGGCUCCGUCUCUGCUCUGUCUGCUGUGAUGGGUGUGACCCUCACGGCAGCCAUAGGGGGAGCCGACAUGCCGGUGGUGAUCACGGUGUUGAACAGUUACUCCGGCUGGGCUCUCUGUGCCGAGGGCUUCCUGCUCAACAACAACCUGCUGACUAUCGUGGGCGCUCUGAUUGGCUCCUCCGGGGCAAUCCUGUCCUACAUCAUGUGUGUGGCGAUGAACCGCUCUCUGGCCAACGUGAUCCUGGGGGGCUACGGCACGUCCUCCACCGGGACGGGGAAGCCCAUGGAGAUCAUCGGGACCCACACCGAGGUCAACGUGGACCAGACCGUCGAGAUGAUCCGGGAGGCCAGUAGCAUCAUCAUCACCCCAGGGUGGGGUCUUUGUGCUGCGAAGGCCCAGUACCCCAUUGCUGAGCUGGUGAAGAUGCUGACUGAGCAGGGCAAGAAGGUCCGGUUUGGAAUCCACCCGGUUGCCGGGCGCAUGCCGGGGCAGCUGAACGUGCUGCUGGCUGAGGCCGGCGUGCCCUAUGACAUCGUGCUGGAGAUGGAGGAGAUCAACGAGGACUUCUCCGAGACAGACCUGGUGCUUGUUAUCGGGGCGAACGACACGGUGAACUCCGCGUCCCAGGAGGAUCCCAACUCCAUCAUCGCUGGGAUGCCUGUGCUGGAGGUGUGGAAGUCCAAACAGGUGGUGGUGAUGAAGCGCUCUCUGGGCGUGGGCUAUGCGGCGGUGGAUAACCCCAUCUUCUACAAGCCCAACACCGCCAUGCUGCUGGGAGACGCCAAGAAGACCUGCGACGCCCUGCAGUCCCGCGUGCGGGAGGUCGACUCCUAACCACAGACUCCUCCCUCUCUACUUCCACAUUUCAUUUGCUCAUGUGUUAUUAGCAGCAAUAUUAGUAUUAUUAGGAAUUAGACAAGAGGUCAACAGAUAAAACUGGCAUCAUUUUUACACCAGUGAAACAAAUUUAUGCAUAAAUUGGUGCACAGGGGCAGGUUUUUUUUUUAUAAAGACCCUCGCACUUCUGUUUGGAAAACUGAAGAGAACACUCACUAGUGUGUUAGCAUUUAGCGUGGUGUGUAAGCUUUUCAAGCCUUUAAAGCUCUGACUCAUUGAUGGCAUGACCAAUCUGUUUCAGGAUCAUGUCCGUUUGUUUUUGUUUUUUUUGUUUUUCUUCUGAAUAUAACGUUAGUACUUUGAGAAACGGUGCGUUUUUGACAUGGCUGCACAUGGUAAUGCCCUUAUUAGAACAGAGAAUCUUGAACAGUACGUUAGAUUCCAAUUUCUGUGAGGGUUCCUCUGUUUUUCCUUCUAGGUUUUACAGUAACAUGAAGGUUUUUGUGAUGAGAUGAAGUAAAAACAGAAUUAGGAAAAAGGAAUACUGGAUUAAUAUUCAGUUGCAACUCUUAGAUGUUGCAUUUUGGAGUUUAUACUGCAGAGCAAAGUUAAUAUUCCCAGCUUGUGUUAGACUCUAGUAUUUACUGUAAAUUUGAGAAAAUGGCAAUAGUUCAAGAUGGCCUUCCUGUUCCCAGGGAGACUAGACCUGUGUAAAGUUUAAUCAUCUCCGUUUGUAUGAAAACACACCGGGGCCCAACACAGAACACCCAAAUGACCAUUACCAUGACAACAGCCCUACCUCUCCUACCUUCUUAACCCUCUUCCACAAGUUUACGUUAGAAAUUCCACUUCCUGCAUUUAUACCUCGCACUCCUGCGUCUCUUUCCAGAGGAGCGAGCCAAUGAAACGACUCGCUGCUGAUCAUUCCUCUUCACCUGUAGAAACGACCAAUCAGACGGCUCGCUGCCUCCCUCCUCGUUAACGCCUGGAUGACACAUUCUGUUUGUUUUUCUGUUUAUUGUCCAAGUUUCACCUGUUUGAGGAGAAGAGAAGAGGUCUGGUGAAAGGGGCUGACUGUCUACCCCAGGCCCCUGAGAGUAUUUUUAUACAUUUACGUCGUACUUCAUUCUUUAAUAGCUGUAUUUUUAGCGCAAAAAUCCAAUCAAAAUUUUGUCAUGGUGGGGAGACAUGAAGUAUUGUGAAUGUUUUUCUCAUGGAACAGCUGAGCUAAGCCCCCAAUAAAGCACCCGGUGAUGCUAA